AUGUGUAUCAGGGAGGUGGCCAACUCCAAAAUUGGUUUAGACUGUCUGCUUAGUAGUAAACACCGAAGGGACAAUAUUUUUGGACGAAGAUUUGCAGCAGUUUUGGAAAAUCGAAAUCCCAUUGUCAAAAUACAGAUCUUUGAGUUGAUGUCAGCACUUUGCCUUUAUUCCAGAGAUGGCUACUAUCUCACACUAGAUGCCUUAGAAAGAUACAAAUCAUGGCAGAAAUAUCAAUACCGUUUUUCCUUACUGCUGAAUGAACUUCGACAUGCAGACCACAAUGCAUACAAAGUCAGCAUUUUGGCACUAAUCAAUGCAAUCAUCUUUGCCAAUGAAAACAUUCAGGAUCGAAUGCGGAUUCGAAAUGAAUUCCUUGCUCUCAACAUUGAAGAAACGGUGGCUGCAGUAUGUGAAGCAGACACAAACCCUGAUUUCCAAAUUCAAUGGGAAGUAUUCCAAGAUGAAAUGUCAGCUGAUCGAGAAGCUAUAGAAGAGAUAAAAGAAGGUGUCAUAAAUGUGAACAAUCAUCAAGAAUUGUUUCAAGCAAUUUACAACAGAGUGCGUGAUUCUCCAAUUUCUGCUGCUUUUCUUUCCAUUUUGCAAAGUAUGUUCCAGAUUAAUGCAAGUAUGACUCAAAGUGAACCAAUAUGGAAUAUGCUGGAAAGAGAAGUUCAUAAUUUGCUUAAUAAUGAGAUGUCACUGCCAAGCAGCCUAAAUUCCAGUCGACGCUCAAGUACCACAUCAACUCUAUCAAGCAAUCUAAUUAUGUAUUCCACUCAAAAUACAACCCCUCCAACAGUACCUCUUCCUCCAUCUAUCACUCCACCUUCUUCCUCCCUUGUAACUUCAUCCAGGACUCCAUCCCAAGGAACAGCACCUUCUUUACCACCACCACCGCCCCCUCCGCCUCCUCCACCUCCACUUCUUCCGACCAUCACAAUAUCAAAUACUGGACCACCAGCACCUCCACUAUUACCAAGCAAUCCUGGUCAGACAGUUCUUCGUGCACCUCAGCAAUUCUUUCCACAAAUUGCCAUCCCAGAACCUGAAUGCAAAAUGCGGCCAUUUUCAUGGAACAAGGUUCAACCUAUGACAAUUUCAGAUGUUAGUGUGUGGAAUGAUGUCCUUAAAAUGAAGGACCCCGUUGACAUGGAAUAUAAAAGACUGGAGGAAUUGUUUUGCCAAAAAGAUAAUACUGUACCUGAAAAAGAGAAAAGUCCAAUUCGAACCGCAGUUUCCUCUGAGAUUACUUUAAUUGACCCUAAGAAGAGCAUGAACUUGAAUAUCUUCCUGAAACAAUUCCGGCGAAGUAACGAAGAAUUAAUUGAGAUGAUAAAGAAAGCAGAUGUCCGGGCAUUUGGAGUGGAGAAAUUGAAAGGUUUAAUAAAGUUGCUCCCCCAACAAGAUGAGAUUGAUUUGAUUGAAAAUUUUGAUGGCAAUGUGGAGAAGUUGGGAACAGCAGAAAAAUUCUAUCGUCUUUUAAUACAACUUCCAGCUUUCCGUUGCCGGCUUGAAGCAAUGUUACUUGUUGGAGACUUCAGUUCUCAGCUAGCCAUGAUACGUCCAAACAUUCAUCUUUUAAACACUGUCUGUGGUCGACUUACAGACAACACUUCUCUCAAGAAGUUCCUGCGACUUGUAUUGCAUGCUGGAAAUUUUUUAAACAAGGGAACAUCUUCCGGGAAUGCAGUUGGUUUCCGUAUAAAUUCCUUGAAUAAAUUGGUGAUGACUCGAUCAAAUGUUGCUCGCCUUUCUUUGCUUCAUCAUCUUGUGGAGCAGGCAGAAAGUGAGAAUAAAGAUGCUCUUAAGUUUGUGGAUGAACUUCUGGAACCUUUACAAAAGGCUGUUAGGAUAAGUUUGGAAAACAUGAAAUCUGAGUUUAAGCAGUUGAAGACCAAUGUUGCCCGUGUCCAUCGACAGUUGGAAGAAGUCAAAGAGGAAGUUGCAGAACAGUUUAAAGACUUCUUGGAGGUUAGUGCUUCUUUCAAAUCAAUGAUUUAA